AUGUCAUCACCUACGUCCGAGGCCACAGAAAUCUCCAGGGCCAGAUCUUCGCGCCCCUCUACCAUUUCCGACCACCCUUCCCUCAAACCAGCCCUGCACCUGCGUGUCCUGAUCGGUCCGGCAACGCAGGUCGGUAGUCUCUCCCGCGGCAAUCCUUUGACCGUGGUUCCACUGGUGGACGCCUCAUUGACAUCCGAACCCGGAUUUCCCAUCCUCAUCAACGCCCACAUGCGUGGCCAGGGUGUCGACUAUGUCCACAACGACCCUGACGGACGGCGCAUGCGGCUGAGUAGUGAUUUGGUCGUUGGGUGA